UAUAUUUUUAUAUAAUGGGUGACAGUGAUGAAAAUGGUGCAAACUCUAAUGAGUUUUAUCCAUAUUUAUAUGUUCAUAUUUUACCAAAGGAAACUGGUGCAAAGUCGCAAAGAGAAAUCAUCCCUGCCGAUGUUAUAAAAAAGUUCAAAUACGAAACUUACAAAAACAAUAAAAACAUUUACAAAGAAACAAAAUUUAGUUUUAGAAGAGGUCCUGGUGGCGAAAUACUUAAGUGCUAUGUUCUUUAUGCUGCAGAUACCUAUAACGAAGUGCUUAGUAAAUCUAUAGCGAAAAGAUUUUCAGUACCAACACAUAGUACAACACUUGAUGAUAUUGAAACUUCUCAUCAGUUACAUGAUAAUACUAAUGUUAGCAACCAAGAAAACGAGGGCAAUGAUUUAUCACUUGAAGAAUAUUGUGAUGAUGAUAUAGUCAACGAUCAAGAUGAUGACAAUAGAAAGAAAAUGCUUUCAAAUAAUAAAUGGAAACUAAAGGCAAUAAAUAAAGAGAGAAAGAAACAGAAAGUUCAUCGAGAGAAUAAUGUUCUAAAAAAGUAUAUAAAUCAAAGACAAAAUGAAAGUGUAAGUGAUAUUGAAGAUCCAAGUUUUUUUUACUACGGAAACUUCUACUCCGAUAAAAGAUAUUAGUAAUAUUCCUAGACAAAAAGAUGGUAUCGCAGAGCUAUCAAAACAAGCAAAUAGUUACAAAAAGUUGUACAUUGCUGAAAGGAAAAAAAAUGAAGACCUUAGAAAUAUGUUAAGGGAACUCCAGCCAACAUCAGAAAAUCCCAAUCCGAAUGAAGAAAACGCCCAACAUAUUAAUAAGCAAAGUGGACGAACAUUAUCUAGAAACAGUAAUGAGAGUGAUUCCCACAGUUCUACGGUUAAUCCGUUUUAUCAUUAUGAUACCAUUUAUACUUUCGAAUCUGAUGAAAAAUUAAAUUACGAUGAAUUUGGAAAUGUCUUGCUCGCACAUGGGGUCCCUUGUAAUCCUAAAGCAUACAACGAUAGUUGGAGAACAAAAUCACCAAGUAAAUGACUGGCAAUUUUAAAUCAAGGAGUGUACGAAUUCAAAGAUUUGGCAGAGCGCUGCGUAAGAAAGCAGAAGAAUACCAAAGACAAAAAAAAGUUGGAUCCAUUGAAGACAGUUGCUUUAGAAAAGCAAGUUUAUAAGUUUAUGCGAAUCAAAAAUUUAAAUAUAGAUGAUAUAGAAUAUUUUCUACAAAAAUUAAAUACCGUUCAUAACCAGUGCAUCAAUAAAGCAAGAAAAAGAUGUAAAACAUUAGAGUCUUUUAAUGAAGAAAACGUAAGUGAUGAUGAAGAUAUGGAUUACAGAGGGCCAUUAAAAAGUUAAUUUAGUAUUUUUUAUGCCAAAAAGAUUAUUUAUUACUAAUUAUUAUUUUUAUAAAAUGUUAUUUUUAAAGUAAACGUUUCAGUUAAUUUAAGGUUAAAAAAAAAUGUUUUAUUUACAUUUACUUUUCAAUCGAAAGUAGUAAAAGUCUCUACGUUGUGUUUAACUGUGAUUAUAGUUUACAUUAUGUAUUAUUUUCUGAAUAAAUAAUGAUUAUUUAGAGAAAA